UUUUUCAACCUGUCCGGAGGGGAGAAAACUGUAGCAGCCUUAGCCCUUCUGUUUGCUAUCCACAGCUACAAACCUGCCCCCUUCUUCGUGCUGGAUGAAAUAGAUGCCGCACUGGACAACACCAAUAUCGGGAAGCUGGCCAACUACAUCAAAGAGCCGUCCACCUGCAACUUCCAGGCUAUUGUCAUCUCGCUGAAGGAGGAAUUCUACACCAAGGCCGAGAGCCUGAUUGGGGUUUACCCAGAGCAAGGGGACUGCGUGAUCAGCAAAGUGCUGACCUUUGACCUCACCAAGUACCCUGAUGCCAACUCGAAUCCCAAUGAGCCAUAAGCCGGCCUGACACUGCCAUGGGGAGGGGGGGAAAAAUGUGAUGAGUUAAACCCCCCUCCCCAUUUAUUUUUAACCAUUUCAUUGCCUCUGCCAGUGCAGUCCGGGGGGGCCUAUUAACCUCCCAUCUCUAAGGUGGGGGCCACCUGUCUCCCACAAAACUG